AUGUCAGUUUUAAUGAGUGAUGAGAAUAUCAAAGAAAGACUUAAGAAAUUUUUUUUCGCAUUUAGUUAUUCAGUAUUUGAACAUACAAAAUGGUAUGAUGAAGAAAUUAGCUCAUAUUUGCGCAAAUGUUUUGAUAGUGAAGGUCGACGGAUAAUUACAUUGAAAUAUGGUAUUAAUCCGCAGCAAACUGAUGCUCAAGUUUAUUUUGAAGGAUCAGAUAUGCCACUUAAAGUGCUGAAUGGUUCUCCAAGCUAUAUAAAUAUAUUAGACGCAUUAAAUUCGUGGCAAUUAGUCAGUGAGCUAAAAAAAGCUACUGGAAUGCCAGCUGCAGCAUCUUUCAAACAUGUUAGUCCAGCAGGAGCUGCUAUUGGCUUACCUCUCAAUGAGUCCGAAGCGAAGUCGUUCAUGGUUGCAGAUUUGCCGAUUAGUCGAAGCAGUCCAUCAUUAGCAGCAGCUUAUGCAAGGGCACGUGGUUCUGAUCGAAUGUCGUCUUUCGGCGAUUUUAUUGCCUUAUCUGAUGUAUGCGAUGAUUUAACAGCAAAAGUUAUAAGUCGAGAAGUGUCAGACGGAAUUGUUGCACCAGCUUACGAUGCUUCGGCAUUAGCAACUUUAGCAAAAAAGAGAACUGGAAAUUAUAUUAUUUUAACUAUCGAUCCAAAAUUUUUGCCAUCCGAGACUGAAGAAAGAACAAUUUUUGGUUUGCGCAUCAAACAGAAAAGGAAUAAUACUGCGAUUUGUUCGGAAACUUUCAAAAAUAUUUUGCCGAAUUCCGCUGUUUAUGAUCUUAUUAUUGCUACUGUUGCGGUCAAAUAUACUCAGUCAAACAGUGUUUGUUUUGCUUAUCGCGGACAAGUAAUUGGCAUAGGAGCUGGGCAACAAUCUCGAAUUCAUUGCACUCGUCUAGCGGCAGAAAAAGCUCUUAAUUGGUCUUUGCGACAGCAUGAUCGAGUUUUAAAUCUACCAUGGAAAGCAAAUUGUAAAAGAAUUGAUAAAUCUAAUGCUAUUGAUAUGAUGAUAACAGGAUUUGAUGCGAAUGAUAUUGCACUCGAAAAGUGGAGAAACAAUUUCACAGAGAUUGUUCAACCAUUUAGCUUCGAUGAAAGAAAAGAAUGGAUGAAUAAAAUGUGCAAUAUUGUUAUGAGUUCCGAUGGAUUCUUUCCAUUUCGUGAUAAUAUCGAUUGUGCAAGCAAAUAUGGCGUUAAAUAUAUAGCAAGUCCCGGUGGUUCCGAACGUGACGACGAUAUUAUAAAAGCUUGUAAUGAACAUGGCAUAACACUAAUUCAUACUGGAAUUCGUCUCUUCCAUCAUUGA